AUGGACGCCAACCUAAAAUCCGAGGCAAGCACCGCGGUCCCCAGCCAGAACGUGUCGCACACGAACCUCAACAAGCCUGACCUCAUGGCUGCGGAGAAGACUUCAGUCAUGUCUUCGUCCUCAUCAGACCCGGAGAAGCCAGACACCGAGACAAAAGGCAAUGCCACCACAGACGUCAGUGCCCCAAGUGCCUCGGUGGAGGGUGAGAAGGAUACCCCUACCACCGAAGACGAGAUCGAAUACCCAUCCGGUGUCAAGUUUGCUGUCAUCACUCUCGCGCUGUGUCUGGCAGUCUUCCUCGUCGCCCUCGACAAUACCAUUAUCGCAACUGCUAUUCCCGUCAUUACGAACAGAUUCAAUUCGCUGCCUGAUGUUGGAUGGUAUGGAUCCUCCUACCUCCUCACCACAUGCGCACUGCAACUCUUCUUCGGACGGCUCUAUACCUUCUACAGCAUCAAGAUCGUCUACCUCGUCAGCAUCGUCAUCUUUGAGGCCGGUUCUGCCCUCUGUGGUGCAGCCCCUAACUCUGAAGCCCUGAUUGUUGGACGUGCCAUUGCUGGUGUCGGUUCCGCCGGUAUCUUCUCUGGUUCCUUGGUCAUUAUCGCCUUCACCGUCCCACUCGCCAAACGUCCCAUCUACACUGGCAUUGUUGGGGCCAUGUACGGUAUCGCUUCUGUGGCUGGUCCUUUGCUGGGCGGCGCCUUCACCGACCACGUUACCUGGCGAUGGUGCUUCUACAUCAACCUUCCUCUGGGCGCCGUGACCCUGGCCGUCAUUUUCUUCUUCUUUCAUUCCCCACCCCGCAAGACCGAGAAGAGCGUUCCCUUCUGGCCUACCCGUGCCAUGCAGCUGGACCUUCCCGGUACUGCCAUCUUCAUUGUCGCCAUCGUCUGUUGUCUCCUUGCUCUUCAGUGGGGCGGCUCUAAGUAUCCAUGGUCGAGUUGGCGCGUUAUCAUCUGCCUCGUUUUCUUCGGUGUUCUCACCAUUGCUUUCGUCAUUGUCGAGUACCACGCCGGGGACACUGCCACUCUUCCCUUCCGCAUCAUUUCUCAACGAUCUGUCGCCUCGGCUUCUUGGUUUGCCUUUUGCCUGGGAGGCUGCUUCUUCAUCAUGGUGUAUUGGGUCCCGAUCUGGUUCCAGGCGAUCAAGGGCGUGUCUGCCUUCAAGUCCGGCAUCAUGUUGAUUCCCAUGAUCUUGGCUCUUGUGAUUGCCAACAUUCUAUCCGGUGUCGGCACCAGCGUCGUCGGCUACUACGCUCCCUUCAUCUACGUCGCUACCAUUCUCAUGUCUAUCGGCGCUGGUCUACUCACCACCUUUGAAUCCAACACCGGCCACUCUAUGUGGAUCGGUUACCAAGUCAUUUACGGCCUGGGCGUUGGUUUCGGCAUGCAACAGCCUCUGAUCACUGUACAGACAGUUCUAUCCCUGGAUGACAUCCCCACUGGUACAGCCCUCGUCAUGUUCGUGCAAACCUUUGGCGGCGCGCUCUUUGUGUCCGUGGCGCAAAACGUCUUCAACAACCGCUUAAUCCAAGAGCUGGUUGUUGAGGCCCGCGGCGUGGAUCCAUACGUCAUCUUGCACGUCGGAGCCACGAGUCUGAAAAACGCGGUUCCUUCCGACCUGCUCGCCGGCGUGCAGGCUGCUUAUAACACCGCUCUCACCGAGACCUGGUAUGCCUCGGUGGCCAUGGCCUGCCUGAGCAUUUUGGCGUGGGGCAUCGAAUGGAAGAGCGUCAAAGGCAUGGCACCCGGUGGUGCAGGCAUGGCUUGA